CUGACAGCCGAUCUCGCCAUGGUAACUGUCGGCGACCAGUCCGCACUCUGCUGUGAGUGAAACAACACGAACGACACAGCUGCGACUUUUAAACUUCCAGAACCGCCGCCACCAAGAACCCCUCUACCACACUCUACAAACUCCUGGAUCAGUACCAGAAGGACAGGACUGCUAGGCUUUUGUGUGUGUGUAUGUGUGUAUGUGAGAGGGUAGGUGUGUGUGAACUUUUUUUUAACAACAAGAAUCGUCAACGCGACCAACACUGGAUCAAGACCAGAGACUGCUAGAAAAGAACCCGCCAGAACCACUAGGCUUUGUGUGUGUGUGUGACUGCUAGUGUGUGUGUGUCUGUUGUGUGUGUGUGUGUGUGUGUGAGAGAGAGUGUGUGUGUUUGAGGGAGGUAGCUGUUUGUUUGGGCCGGAGCCGAACCAGUGUGGGCUGGAUUGGAUUGUGCCUAGUCAUGCCUGCAACCGGGUCAGCCGAUCCUAAGGCGGAGGACUUCUCCACUGCUAUCCUGAAGCAGAAAUCUCGGCCUAACAGACUGGUGGUGGAUGAAGCUAUCAAUGAGGACAACAGCAUUGUCAGCCUCUCACAGGCCAAGAUGGAGGAGCUUCAGCUCUUCCGUGGGGACACUGUGGUGUUACGAGGACGCAAGCGCAGGGAGACGGUGUGCAUUGCUCUGACUGAUGACUCGUGCAGUGACGAGCGCAUACGCGUGACACGCGUCACUCGCAACAAUCUGCGUGUCAGACUGGGAGACAUCAUCAGCAUCCACGCGUGUCCUGAUGUAAAGUAUGGCAAGCGUAUCCACGUGUUGCCCAUAGACGACACCAUAGAGGGGCUCACAGGAAACCUGUUUGAAGUCUUCCUCAAACCAUACUUCUUGGAGGCCUACCGACCUGUGCACAAAGGUGACAUCUUCCUUGUGCGUGGUGGCAUGCGAGCUGUGGAGUUCAAGGUGGUGGAGACGGACCCCAGCCCUCACUGCAUCGUUGCCCCGGAUACCGUCAUCCACUGCGAAGGAGAGGCCAUCAAAAGAGAGGAGGAAGAGGAGAGCCUGCAUGACAUUGGCUACGAUGACAUCGGUGGAUGCAGGAAGCAGUUGGCCCAGAUCAAGGAGAUGGUGGAGCUGCCCCUCAGACACCCUGGUCUCUUCAAGGCCAUUGGAGUCAAGCCUCCCAGAGGUAUCCUUCUGUACGGCCCUCCAGGUACGGGCAAGACCCUGGUGGCUCGCGCCGUCGCCAACGAGACUGGAGCUUUCUUCUUCCUCAUCAAUGGGCCAGAGAUCAUGAGCAAGUUGGCAGGUGAGUCAGAGAGUAACCUGCGUAAGGCCUUCGAGGAGGCGGAGAAGAACGCUCCCGCCAUCAUCUUCAUCGACGAGCUGGACGCCAUCGCCCCCAAGAGGGAGAAGACCCAUGGUGAGGUGGAGCGGCGUAUCGUGUCCCAGCUGCUGACCCUGAUGGACGGCCUGAAGCAGCGCGCUCACGUGGUCGUCAUGGCAGCCACCAACAGGCCCAACAGCGUGGACCCUGCCCUGAGACGCUUUGGGAGGUUCGACCGUGAGAUUGACAUUGGCAUCCCUGACUCGAUUGGACGCCUGGAGAUCUUACAGAUUCACACCAAGAACAUGAAGCUAGGAGACGAUGUGGAUCUAGAGAAGAUAGCCACCGAGACGCAUGGGCACGUGGGAGCCGAUGUCGCGGCGCUGUGCUCUGAGGCGGCUCUGCAGGCCAUCCGGAAGAAGAUGACGCUGAUAGACCUGGAGGACGACACCAUCGACGCAGACCUGCUCAACUCACUGGCUGUAGCCAUGGACGACUUCCAGUGGGCCCUGAGCCAGAGUAACCCCUCUGCUCUGAGGGAGACGGUGGCGGAGGUGCCCCAGGUCAACUGGGAGGACAUCGGGGGCCUGGACCAGGUCAAGACAGAGCUACAGGAACUGGUGCAGUACCCGGUAGAAUACCCUGAGAAGUUCCUCAAGUUUGGGAUGACCCCAUCGCGUGGCGUGCUGUUCUACGGCCCUCCCGGCUGCGGUAAGACCCUGCUGGCCAAAGCCAUCGCCAACGAGUGCCAGGCCAACUUUGUCUCCAUCAAGGGCCCCGAGCUUCUCACCAUGUGGUUUGGAGAGUCCGAGGCCAACGUCAGAGAUGUGUUUGACAAGGCCAGGCAGGCGGCUCCAUGUAUCCUGUUCUUUGAUGAGCUGGACUCCAUUGCCAAGGCUCGAGGGGGAGGGGCCGGGGACGCAGGGGGAGCGGCCGACCGUGUCAUCAACCAGAUCCUCACAGAGAUGGACGGCAUGAGCAACAAAAAGAAUGUCUUCAUCAUUGGAGCCACCAACAGACCUGACAUCAUUGAUCCUGCCAUCCUGAGACCGGGUCGGCUGGAUCAGCUGAUCUACAUCCCUUUGCCAGACAAGGGCUCCCGCACCGCUAUACUCAGAGCCAACCUUCGCAAAUCACCUAUCUCUAAGGAGGUGGACCUGGAGUACCUGUCUCGUAUCACUGAAGGCUUCUCUGGAGCCGACCUGACAGAGAUCUGCCAACGCGCCUGCAAACUGGCCAUCAGGGAGGCCAUCGAGGCCGAAAUACGAGUGGAGAGAGAGAGGCAGAGGAAAGGACGACAAGACACUGCUAUGGAUGAGGACUUUGACCCGGUACCUGAGAUCCGAAAGGAUCAUUUUGAGGAGGCCAUGCGAUUCGCCCGUCGCUCCGUCAGCGAUAACGACAUCCGCAAGUACGAGAUGUUCGCACAGACGCUGCAGCAGAGCAGAGGCUUCGGGAACUUCAGGUUCCCCUCUGGCUCCAAGAAGGCCGGAGGUCAGGGUCCCUCUGGUGACCACUACCGGGACGACGGAGACGAUGACCUCUACCAGUGAAGGUCACACAGAGGUCAAAGGGCAUGCUCUGGUGACAAUGACCUUUAUCAGUGAUGCUCAUUCAAAAAUAAGCUGAAAGAUCAUCCGUAUCGUAUCACUCUGUAUACAGCCAUUGUUGUUGGACAAUAUCAAAAUAAAAAAAUUAAAUGAGUUCAUUUAAUAAGGGAGUCACAAGUUAAUGUGUAAAAUGUCAUUGUCAUGUCAAUACAUCUACAGAAGGUAACAUGAUAAUGAAAAUAAUGAUUCUCUGUUGUGAA